AGAGGCGGUGGCAACAUGGCGGCGGCGGGGCGGGAGGAGCCGCCGCUGAGGCUCGAGGUGGUGGCGGCGGAGGAGGCGGCGGCGGCGGCGAGCGCCGGGUUCCGCCUCACGGCCGUGCGGCGGGAGCCCGCGGUGCGGCUGCAGCACGGCGCCAGCGGCCUGGAGCCGCUGGCGUGGUCCGAGGACCACCGGGUGUCGGUGAGCACGGCCCGCAGCAUCGCCGUGCUGGAGCAGCUCAGCGACGUGCACAGCGGCGGGCAGGACAUGGUCAUCCACCGCACCGCCGUGCCCGCGCCCGCCACCGCCUGCCUGCUCAAGGUCGGCCCCAAAAAGGAGGUGGCUGAGUGCAAGGAGAAGUUUGCCAGCUCCGUGGAUCCGACCGUGAGCCAGACGUUCAUGCUGGACCGAGUGUUCAACCCCGAGGGGAAGUCCCUGACACCCAUGAGGGGGUUCAAAUAUUCCAGCUGGUCCCCUCUGGGCUGUGACGCCAACGGGAGGUGCCUCCUGGCCGCCCUGACCAUGGACAACCGGCUGACCAUCCACGCCAACCUCAACCGGCUGCAGUGGGUGCAGCUGGUGGACCUGACCGAGCUCUACGGGGAGCGCCUGUUCGAGGCCGGCUACAAACUCUGCAAGGCCGACACUCCCUGCGGGGAGCUGGGCGACUUCCCGGAGUUCCAGCGGCGGCACAGCAUGCAGGCCCCCGUGCGCAUGGAGUGGUCGGGAACCUGCACCACCCAGCAGGUCAAGCACAACAACGAGUGCCGGGAUGUGGGGAGCGUGCUCCUGGCUGUGCUCUUCGAGAACGGCAACAUCGCCGUGUGGCAGUUCCAGCUCCCCUUCCUGGGGAAGGAAUCCAUUACUUCCUGCAACACCAUAGAGUCUGGGAUAAGCUCCCCCAGCGUGUUGUCCUGGUGGGAAUACGAGCACAACAACCGGAAGAUGAGCGGGCUGAUCGUGGGCAGCGCGUACGGCCCCGUUAAGAUCCUCCCCGUCAACCUCAAGGCGGUCAAGGGCUACUUCACACUCAGGCAGCCCGUGGUGCUGUGGCAGGAGAUGGACCAGCUGCCCGUGCACAGCAUCAAAUGUAUCCCCCUCUACCACCCCUACCAGAAGUGCAGCUGCAGCUUGGUGGUGGCUGCAAGGGGCCCUUACGUGUUCUGGUGCCUCCUGUUGAUCUCCAAGGCGGGCCUGAAGGUCCACAAUUCCCACGUGACGGGGCUCCACUCCCUGCCCAUCGUGUCCAUGACGGCAGACAAGCAGAACGGCACGGUGUACACCUGCUCCAGCGACGGGAAGGUCAGGCAGCUCAUCCCCAUAUUCACAGACGUGGCUCUGAAGUUUGAGCACCAGCUGAUCAAGCUCUCGGAGGUGUUUGGCUCCGUCAGGACUCAUGGAAUCGCUGUCAGCCCGUGCGGGGCGUACCUGGCGGUCAUCACAACCGAGGGCAUGGCCAACGGGCUGCACCCCGUCAACAAGAACUACCAGGUUCAGUUUGUCACCCUCAAAACCUUCGAGGAGGCGGCUGCACAGCUCUUGGAAUCUUCUGUCCAGAACCUUUUCCGGCAGGUGGACCUGACGGAUCUUGUGCGCUGGAAAAUUCUGAAGGACAAGCACAUUCCUCAGUUCUUACAGGAGGCACUGGAUAAUAAGAUUGAGAGCUGUGGUUCCACUUACUUUUGGAGGUUUAAGCUGUUUCUCCUGAGGAUUUUGUAUCAGUCCAUGCAGAAAGCUCCCUCAGAGGCCACGUGGAGACCUUCACACGAGGAUGCCAAAAUCUUGAUCUCGGAUUCCCCUGGGAUGGGCAGCACUGAGGAUGAUCAAGAGGAAGGAACUUCAAAACAAGCCAGCAAGCAAAGCCUGUGUGACACAGGCAAAGGUGUGGACUUAGAUGACACUGCAGAGGAUUCUCUCCAUCAGUCAAGUGACACUGGAGGGCGGGAGCCAAUGGAGGAAAAACUUCUUGAAAUACAGGCCCAGAUUGAGGCCGUGGAAAUGCACUUGACACGGGAACACAUGAAACGGGUGUUGGGAGAAGUUUAUCUACACACAUGGAUUACAGAAAACACCAGCAUUCCCACCAGAGGAGUCUGUGACUUCUUAAUGUCUGAUGAUGGCUACGAUGACAGAACGGCACGAGUGCUGAUUGGGCACAUCCUGAAGAAAAUGAACAAACAGACGUUCCCAGAGCACUGCAGUUUGUGCAAAGAGAUCCUGCCCUUCACCGACCGCAAGCAGGCCGUGUGCUCCAACGGGCACAUCUGGCUCAGGUGCUUUCUGACCUACCAGUCCUGUCAGAGUCUGGUGUACAGGAGGUGUUUGCUUCACGACAGCAUUGCACGGCACCCAACCCCAGAAGAUCCUGAAUGGAUCAAGAGGUUAUUGCAAGGACCUUGCACGUUCUGUGACUCUCCUGUGUUCUAGAGAAAAGCUCUGCAAAGACUGAAAGCAUUUUCUCUACUCCAUAAGCUCCCUUCAGCCUUGAAGGACACAGAGCACAGGAACACAGACUCUGCUGGAGGGGGAACACCUCAUCCACAGCCCUGUACAUAGAACAUUGGAGGUUCUGGAAACUCCUCAAGUCCAGAGCCCAUUCCAUGCUCCAGAAACAGGAGUACACCUGGAAGAGCCAGUUUAAAAGAGGUUUGGAAGAGCACCCCAUGGAAGGCUCAGCAGCUGGACACUGACAACUGAAUUGUUGAGAACAGUGUGAACUGUCCUUUCUGCCCAACUGUGUCAUUUCCCAAAAGCUGGGACGGGAACAUGGAGCUGCCUCUGGAAUGGUCCUGGUGGGUAGAGAAGGCUUCAGCUUGUAGUGCUUCCUUUGCUUUUUAACAAGCACUGGCACUUGCUGCAGAAUAUUAAACUGUCAAAAGAAUUUGUGGCUCCAAUUCCUUGCUGAGUGAAGCACGUGCCAGUUACAGCCACAGGAAAGAAAUUGGCCAUUCCAGCAGUUCCCCUUAAAGUCUAGAAGAGUAACUGCCUCGGAACUGUUGUAACACUAUUGAAGUCAGGAGGGGGAUAUUGGCUGCCUGGGUCAAAUAGGGAUCAGUAAAAAUAAUUUUUAAAUGUAAUAAUUAUUAAACUAAUAGCAAUUAGAUUAAACACUAAUAAUAUAUAUAAUUUCCAAUGCUCUUUAAUCUCUUACCCCACUUUCUUUUUCUGAACUAACUCCUUCCCAGCUUUUGCCAAUGUAUUUGCCUUUGGCUUCACUUAACCCUCUACCAACAGGAAUCAUCUUUUCCAGUGUAACUCAGUUACCAAAAACAUUACUAAUUUACCUUAUUUUCAAUUAAAUUGCAAGUCUCCCUCAUCCAGGAAUUGAAUUUUACACAAGUCUGACACACAAGCAAUUGCUCCCAGCUGACAGUUUGUCUUUUCACAGCAACACAGUAAAAAACCCCAAACAAAGAGAAUGCCCCAAACCAAACCCCCACCAUGGCUGACAUGUUCUAGGUAAGGCCAAGGAGGCUGGUGAAGCUAUUCAUGGAUCACAGAAUGGUUUGGGUUGGAAGGGACCUUUAGGAUCAUCUCAUUCCACCUUCUGCCAUGGGCAGGGACACCUUCUACUAGCCCAGGUUGCUCCAAGCCCCGUCCAACCUGGCCUUGGACACUUCCAGGGAUGGGGCAGCCACAGCUUCUCUGGGCAACCUGUGCCAGGGCCUCCCCACCCUCACAGGGAAGAAUUUCUUCCUAAUACUCAAUCUAACCCUGUCCUCUGUCAGUGUGAAGCCAUUCCCCCUUGUCCUGUCUCUCCAGGCCCUUGUAAAUAGUCUCUCUCCAUCUUUCUUGUAGGCUCCUUUAGGAUAAGCCUGACUCCCUCAUCCAGAGAUUCAUAAACACACCAAUGAUGUAGUGUGGCUGAGCCCAGACAUUUAUUUUGCCUUCUGACUGUCCUAUCAGAAAAAACAUCUCUCUCUCUUUGCCAUCUGUUUCUACCAGGAGCAGGAGAAUCUUUUUCAACUUCCUAUGCAGUGUUAGAGGAAUAACACCUCCAAAACGUGUCUGGUUACCUGGUACAGUUUGUCUUGUUAACUUCAAUCCAUUAACUGUCAAAUAAUCCUGAGUUUAUGUAUUUCCAUUCUGCAGAGCAUCAGUGGCAGAGGUGUCGCCCUGUUUGUGAUUCCUGACACUUUAACUGUGUGGGAGGUGCUCUACAGCUGUUGAGAAAUCAUGGAAUUGUCCUGACAGCAUCAGUCUCCCAACAGUGCAUGUGUGAUUGGUGCUUGGUUCCUCGAUUCAAUGACUAUGCAUAUUUUGGUAACGUUCCUUCACCUUCAGUAGGAACGAGUUUUUGUUCAGCUCACAUUAAACAAGUCAGCUGUCCUUCUGUUCAGUGUCUCAUGCAUAAGCAUGAUUGUGCUGAGAAUAAUAUUACUACAGUAGCCUAGAACAGCAGAAGCACAUUCAUCUGUAAAAUAAUUAGCCUCGUUUGUAAAUAUCCUUGGAAGUGGUACCAUAAUUGUAUUAAAGAAAUGUUUAGUUUUUUA